UUUCGCAACGUUGCGUGCGACGUUGAAGAAAAGGGAAGAUUUUGGUUUGUCCCUGUGAUUUGUCCCGUAGUUCCAUUGCAGAGCAUUUUUUCCCCACGAAAGAAUGUCUAUCAUGUUAACCAUGUUAACCGUCAUGAUAAUUCACAUGAAUCGUGGUCGUUUCGCGAGUGAAUGAAUGGGUAGCCAUUUUUAAACUUCGCACUCUGCUGUACUUUUGAAGUCACAGAGAGAAGAUGGCCCGACGGAUUCUCGUCGAAUUUAGUUCUCUAAGCGCAUGAUAUCGAACGGACCGUGCUCGUCGUGAAAAGAAAGCAAAAAGUUGUAGUUUCUCGUCCCAAGAGAGAAUUCUAUCUGACUUUCUAGCGAACGGUGCUGCAGCGCAAUCACUCCGGCACCGUGAGAUUUAUGAAACGGUGAACUGUCAACACCUCUAAAAUAUCGCAGAAUGUGAUAUUAGCCCGAGCAUCCACUCAUUCCUGUUGAGACUCGCGAGUUCUGGAAUGUCACCCGACUGCUGCCGGUGAAAAACGUUUGUGUAAUUUUGCAUUGGAUACCGGAGAUUUCGACCGAGGUUUCGAGGGUCGGACGCACAUCGGCUUCAGCGAUGUCGGUUUUAAUAUGCGACAGGAUAGAAACGAGAGACAUCCUGGAGUGUCAGUGCUAAUGUCAAGUCCUCAUAAUAAUGGCAGAUAAUGUACUCAGAAAACCGCACAAGCUGCUGCCUGAUGUCAAUAGAAAAAUUGUGACUCCUGUCCAUCGAACGACGACUGAAACGAUACGAUUGAAUGAUCCAGAGAAGUUGCUCCCACCAGCUGGACUUUCUAUACAAAGUAAUUCAACUCCGAACAAUAAUCAGUGCCGCAAAAAGACUUCUUCUUUUCAAAUAACGAGCGUCACAGUCGGUUGCCGCAUGAGCAACGAUGCUGGUGAGGAUUCGAACGACGACUUGGAUGAGUCUCACACCGAGGACAAUUCCGUGGAAUACUCGCGGAUCACCGACCUUGAAACGCCGAGCUACUCUGAAGACACGUUUUCGAAGGAAGACGUCUUUUUCAAUACAAGUAACGUUGCACUUGGCACGGCGCCGGUGAUCCCAACCAGCUCCCAGUACGGCCUAGCAAUAGUGCCGUCUGAAGGGAGCAGCGUUAUCAGUUCAUCAAACGAGAACAACAUCAACAAUCUGGACAUUGCUUCUGUCACCGACAACAACAUCAUCAACCUGAUUUCCGCGAGUGCAAAGCAGGACCCCGAACUGCGUGAGGUGCAUUCCCACGGCAGGAACGAGCGGUUCAAGGUUGUGAAAAUCGAGAGCACUGAGCCUUUCAAACGGGGAAGAUGGACAUGUAUGGACUAUCUGGACCAUACUUCGGUCAAUCAAUCAAAUGCGAAGGUUACCGACCCGAACGAGGUGUGCAUAUCGUAUGGCGUUACGGACAGUGGAAUUGUCGUGCCCGAUGCGUUGAAGCAAAACUCGAUCGGCGACGAAAAGGGCAGGAGCUUAGAUUUGAACGGUCAUGUGACUCAUCAAGAGCUUCAUGGUAUGAUGGGAAUGAACACCGGUGUUGGGACGAUACCUGGUACGAGCUAUGUCAUGGGCAACUCAACACUCCAGAAUAUGCAACACAACCCGGUGCAAGUUCAGAAUCAGGCGCAGGUGCCACAAUAUUUCCAAUCUUCAAACUUAGCGUCUCAGCAGCAACAACAACCUGGAGGACAAGGAUCGACGCUGCCUGCAAAUUUGCAGUCAAAUCUUCCGAAUAACCUUGGCCAUCCGCAGAACAUGCCUCAAAGCAUGCCACAAGGCUCCAUCUCCAUUCUCACCCAAAACAGUAAUGGUGUUCCUACCCAGGCGAAUAUGGGCCACUCAAUGGAGGAUUCCUACGUGACGGUUGGCUCUCAGGGGCAGAGCUUACCGACGCAAAAUGUCUGUCAACCCACUUUGGUGCAGCAGACUUCAUUGUCGAACUCUCAGUCACCCAACAUACUCAUGUCCCAUCAUCCACAACAGACCCAUCAUCCACAACAGCCUCAGCAUCCUCAGCAACCACAGCAAAUGCAACAUCCACAGCAAAUUCAACAUCCUCAACAAAAUCAACAUCCCCAGCAGAGUCAGCAUCCUCAACAGAUGCAACAUCCUCAGCAAAUGCAACACCCGCAACAAAUUCAACAUCCUCAGCAAAGUCAACAUCCUCAGCAAAGUCAGCAUCCCCAGCAAAAUCAACAUCCUCAACAAAUUCAACAUCCUCAACAAGUUCAGCAUCCACAGCAAGUCCAUCAUCCCCAACAAGCUCAACAUCCACAGCAGGCGCAACAUUCUCAGCAGGCGCAACAUCCACAACAGACGCAACAUCCUCAACAGACGCAACAUCCACAGCAGACGCAGCAUCCCCAACAGACGCAACAUCCACAGCAGGGGCAGCAUCCCCAACAGACGCAACAUCAGCAGCAGACGCAACAUCCGCAGCAGGCACAACACCCUCAACAGACGCAACAUUCUCAACAAACACAGCAUCCUCAACAAACACAACAUCCUCAACAGACUCAACAUCCUCAACAGGCGCAACAUCCUCAACAGACGCAACAUCCCCAACAAACACAGCAUGCCCAGCAUCCUCAGCAACAUCCGCAACAGCAUAUGCAGCAAACGCAACAUCCCCAGCAAAUCCAACACCCACAGCAAAUUCAACAUCCUCAACAAAAUCAACAUCCCCAGCAGAGUCAACACCCUCAGCAAAGUCAACAUCCUCAACAAAAUCAACAUCCCCAGCAGAGUCAACAUACCCAGCAAAGUCAACAUACUCAGCAGAGUCAACAUACCCAGCAGAGUCAACAUACCCAGCAGAGUCAACAUACCCAGCAGAGUCAACAUCCUCAGCAGAGCCAACAUCCCCAGCAAAAUCAACAUCCCCAGCAAACCCAACACACGCAACAGCAGCAGCAGCAAAUUCCCCAAAUGACGCAAAUCUCCGAGCCAAUGACAAACACCAUGCAGAAUAUGCAAGGCAUUCAAAAUAUUCACCAAGUUUCUCAAUCGGGCGCACAACCACAGUCAACAAUUCACGUUCCCGGAGCGCCAAUACAGAACCAGGUUAUCAAUCCUCAAAUGCAACCUCAAGGCAGCAGCAAUGCUCAAGUGCAAAUGACGCAGGUACAAGCCAAUUGCCAAAAUGUGCCGGUCGGUUCAAUCGGUGGUAUUCAGCAAGGAAACAUGACGUUCCACCAAACUGACCCGGAGCAGGACUCCAUGUCUGGUAUUCAAGUUGUACCUGGUGCACAACCGACUGACGCAGCCCUUCUGGAGUCUCUCGCCGAAGUCACUCAAAAUGCCGAUGAACAGCCACCUGUCGAAGAUACUGAAAGUAUGUCGGGAACAAGUGCUGUAGCAAUUGACAACAAAAUCGAGCAGGCUAUGGAUUUAGUAAAGAGUCAUUUAAUGUUUGCUGUGCGAGAGGAAGUGGAGGUGCUAAAGGAAAAGAUAGCAGAGCUGAUGGAUCGCAUUAAUCAGUUGGAGGCUGAAAAUUCAAUUUUGAAAGCUCACGCAACGCCAGAAACAUUAGCUCAGCUCAGUCAAGUGACCACGAAAUUAUCCAUAAACAGUACUGGCAGUGGUCAAUAGUUAACCCAUUGUACAUAAGUUUCUAUCGAUACUUUGUCAAGUACAUAAGGAUAAUAUAAUUAUUGUAUAUAUAACUCUACGAUUUUUAGAAAUUUAUAAAUAAUGAGAUUUAUUAUAUAUAUUAUAUAUAUUAGCAUUAGUAUUUUUUUUAAGUAAAUUAAAGAUAAUAGAUUAUUUUUUACUAUUUCAGUUUUACGUUUAGGAAAUACAUAUUUAAACUACUGUAAAUUCAAAAUUACCCCUUUGGAAAAGGCGCUAUAUUUUAAGCGGCUUGUGAGUGAAACAGCGUUGAAAUUUUGUUUUUAUUUAAAGUUCAAGUCUUUCUUGUUUCUCUGUUUCUUGAGUACGUUGCAAGAACAAAAAAUGGACUAACGCUACACAGCAGGCAGCUAGCCAGGCUUUCUUGUAUUUUAUCGGAAAAAUAUUUUGUGUCGUCGUCGUGUAUUCGAUUUUCUAUGCCAAAGUGACAACACAAACUUACAAAGAAUCGAUUUUUCUCUUUGUAAUCGAAAUUAAAAGAGGCCUGGGAAUGCCUUUUUAACAGUCGUGCAUUUACUUGAAAUCUAAUCGCUUUUCGUACUACUAUUUCUUUACGAUGAUGCGUAACAUAAGAGUCGACAAAUCAAUCCUUGUGCUUUCACUUCAAAGGUGCGCCUCGUUUUGCAAACCUAAUCUACGUCUUCUGUUACGUCUGAUACACGCCUAAUAAAACAAAUUUUUAAUCGUA